AUGCAUCUUAAGUCUUAUGUGACUGCCGCCCUAUAUGGGCUGCCUGCCCUGGCCAAUGCUGCGCCCUCCGCUUCUCCUGCUGGCGUAAAUGCCGAUCACUUCAAGACCUAUACGAUCAAGGCGGAGAACAUCACUGCCAAGCUGGUUCCGUAUGGCGCGCGCCUCACCUCCUUGCUGGUUCCAGAUCGCAACGGCAACGUCCAAGAUGUGAUCGUUGGUUACGAUGACCCCAAAGAAUAUUUGCAUGAUAGUCAAACCAACCGCACCUUCUUCGGCGCGGUUGUCGGUCGCUAUGCCAACCGUAUCAAGAACGGUACCUUCACCAUUGAUGAUAAGGACUACCACGUUCCUGAGAAUGAGAACGAUGGCGCAGACACUCUUCACGGUGGCUUCACCGGAUAUGAUAUGCGCAACUGGACAGUCACUUCGCACAGCGAUUCCUCGAUUACUUUCUCUUUGCUCGAUGAAGGUUUUGAGAAGUUCCCCGGAGAUGUCAUUACUCAUGCUACUUUCAGCGUGUCUACUGAGAAGUCUUCAGCCAACCCUAAGGGACUUCCUCAGUUGACCACAAAGCUGGUGGCUCUCUCUCUUACAAAGAAGACCCCCAUCAUGCUGGCCAAUCACCUGUACUGGAACCUGAACGCGUUCAAAGAAUCCACCGUGCUGGAGGAUACCUUGCAGCUUCCCCUCUCCAAGCGUUUCAUCGGAGGAGACAGCAUCUUGAUCCCGAACGGUACCAUCCACGACGUUGAAAACACCUACCAAGGAGCUCUGGACUUCACCAGCCCCAAAACCAUUGGCAAGGACAUCAAGAAAACUACCGGCCUUUGCGGCGCCGGGUGUGCUGGCUAUGACACAUGCUUCCUCAUUGACCGACCCUCAACAUACGCGCCGGACUCGAUGGUCACGGCCUUGAGCGCCUCGUCCAGCGUCACCGGUAUCAGCCUCGAUGUCGCAACCAACCAAGCCGCACUCCAGAUCUACACCUGCAGCGGGCAGAACGGCUUCAUUCCCACCAAGCAGUCGCAGGCGAAGCGCAACAAGGCCGAUGGUGGUGACGCCGGUGCUACCCACGUUAACAAGUACGGAUGCUUCGUUAUCGAGACCGAGGACUGGAUCGAUGGUAUCAAUAACCCUGAGUGGGGUCGUGUUCCCUACCAGGUCUUUGGUCCUGAUGAUGGGCCAUCUGUUAACUGGGCUACCUACCAGUUUGGCACUAUCUAG